CAGAAUGACCUCCGAAAGGGACUCGGAGACCACGUUCGAUGAGGAUUCCCAGCCCAACGACGAGGUGGUGCCGUACAGCGACGACGAGACGGAGGAUGAGCUGGACGGCCAGCAGCCCGCGGUGGAGCCCGAGCAAAACCGCAUCAACCGAGAAGCCGAGGAGAAGCGAGAGUCCCUUAAAAAAGACUGCAGCUGGCAGGUUAGAGCAAACGAUCGGCUCUUCCAUGAGCAGCCCUGCUUUAAGAGAACCGUAUUCCUGUGCUUCAAAAAAAGCAAAUAUGCAGGAAACGCAAUUAAGACAUACAAGUACAACCUAAUCACUUUUUUACCACUGAAUCUGUGUGAGCAGUUCAAAAGAGCAGCCAACUUCUAUUUCCUUGUUCUUCUUAUUUUACAGACGAUUCCCCAGAUAACAACUCUUUCAUGGUAUACAACACUGGUGCCCUUACUCCUGGUGCUGGGAAUAACUGCAGCCAAAGACCUAGUGGAUGACAUUGCUUGCCACAGGAUGGACAGCGAGGUUAAUAACAGGACGUGUGAAGUAAUCAAGGAUGGAAGGUUCAAAAACACAAAAUGGAAAGAUAUUAAAGUUGGAGAUGUCAUUCGUCUGAAGAAAAAUACUUUUGUUCCUGCUGAUAUACUGCUGCUAUCCAGCUCAGAACCAAACAGUCUGUGCUACAUAGAGACAGCUGAACUAGAUGGUGAGACUAACUUAAAAUUCAAAAUGGCGCUUGAGGUAACGGAUAGAUAUCUUCAAGAAGAAAGUGCAAUGGCAGCCUUCGAUGGUCUCAUUGAAUGUGAAGAACCUAAUAACCGACUGGAUAAGUUUGCAGGAACAUUAUUCUGGAGAAACAUGAGUUAUCCACUGGAUGCUGAUAAGAUUUUGCUACGUGGAUGCAAAAUCAGGAAUACAGACUUCUGCCAUGGAGUGGUCAUAUUUGCAGGCGCUGAUACAAAAAUAAUGAAAAAUAGUGGAAAGACCAGAUUUAAAAGGACACAGAUUGACUCCCUUAUGAACUACAUGGUUUAUACUAUUUUUGUCUUCCUCAUCCUGCUGUCUGCUGGCCUUGCCAUCGGACACACGUACUGGGAGCAGCAGGUUGGCAACUCCUCCUGGUACCUGUACGACGGGGAGGACUACAGCCCUCCUUACCGCGGCUUCCUGAAUUUCUGGGGCUAUAUCAUCGUUCUGAACGCCAUGGUUCCCAUCUCCCUGUAUGUGAGCGUCGAAGUGAUUCGCUUGGGCCAAAGCUAUUUUAUAGACUGGGAUCUGCAAAUGUAUUACCCCGAAAAGGAUACAGCUGCAAAAGCCAGAACCACCAAACUAAACGAACAGCUUGGACAAAUCCACUACAUAUUCUCUGAUAAGACAGGAACACUUACACAGAACGUCAUGACAUUUAAAAAAUGUUGCAUUAAUGGACAAAGAUACGGUAACGCCCGGCACGCCGCCACUCGCCCUCCCUGUGCUCCUUCUGCCCAGCGAGUCGAUCUCAGCUGGAACGUGUAUGCAGACGGAAAGCUCUCCUUCUACGAUCACUACCUCAUAGAGCAGAUAAAAGCUGGGAAGGAUCCCGACAUUCGGCAGUUCUUCUUCGUGCUUGCCAUCUGUCACACGGUCAUGGCUGAUGUUUCUGAUGGUCAGCUCAACUAUCAAGCAGCCUCCCCGGAUGAAGGGGCCUUGGUUACAGCAGCCAGGAACUUUGGCUACGUUUUUCUUUCACGAACACAAAACACCAUCACUAUAAGCGAGAUGGGGGUUGAAAGAACCUACGAUGUCCUUGCUAUCUUGGACUUCAACAGCGACAGGAAACGAAUGUCUGUCAUUGUAAGAGAAUCUGAGGGGAACAUCAGGCUCUACUGCAAGGGAGCAGAUACAGUCAUUUACGAGCGCCUGCACCCGAGGAAUCUGAAGAGAGAAGUUACAGAAGAAGCACUGGAUGUUUUUGCAAACGAGACUCUUAGGACACUCUGCCUCUGCUAUAAAGACAUUAGUCAUGAUGAAUUUGAAGCGUGGAAUAAAAAGUUCCUGGUGGCGAGUGCAGCUAUAACUAACCGUGAUGAAGCUCUGGAUAAAGUGUAUGAGGAAAUAGAAAAGAACCUCAUUCUCCUUGGAGCGACAGCUAUUGAAGACAAACUGCAGGAUGGAGUUCCAGAAACAAUUAACAAGCUUUCCAAAACAAUUAACAAGCUUUCGGGCAUUAAAAUUAAAAUCUGGGUGCUCACUGGCGACAAAAAAGAAGAGCAGCUCUCAGAAGAAACUCAAGCUCUUGUAUUUCUGUCUGGGGUUCCACAGAAUGAAAUCCUGCUAGAGAAGAAAAAGAAGAAAAAGAAACUUAAAUUGAAAUUCCCCAAGACAGCAGAAGAGAAAUACAAGCAGAUGGAGAAGAGAAGAAGGGCUGAGGCUAACAAGGAGCAGCAGCAGAAGAACUUUGUGGAUUUGGCAUGUGAGUGCAGGGCGGUGAUCUGCUGCCGAGUGACGCCCAAGCAGAAGGCCAUGGUGGUGGAGCUGGUGAAGAAGUACCAGAAAGCUGUGACCCUGGCUAUUGGCGAUGGUGCCAACGAUGUCAACAUGAUUAAAACUGCGCACGUCGGCGUGGGCAUCAGCGGCCAGGAGGGCACGCAGGCCGUCAUGUCCAGCGACUACGCGCUGGGCCAGUUCCGCCACCUGCAGAGGCUGCUGCUGGUCCACGGCCGCUGGUCCUACAUACGGAUGUGCAAGUUCCUCAGAUUCUUCUUCUACAAAAACUUCGCCUUUACGCUAGCCCACAUCUGGUACUCGUUUUUUAAUGGCUUUUCUGCCCAGACAGCCUACGAGGACUGGUUCAUCACGCUGUACAACGUGCUGUACACGAGCCUCCCCGUGCUGCUCGUGGGCUUGCUGGACCAGGAUGUAAGCGACAGACUGAGCCUUCGCUUCCCUCGGCUCUACGUUUUGGGGCAGAAAGACUUGCUUUUUAACUACAGGAAAUUCUUUGUGAGUUUGAUACACGGAAUUAUAACUUCACUGAUAAUCUUCUUCAUACCGUAUGGAGCCUAUCUUAAAAGCAUGGGACAAGAUGGAGAAGCACCUUCAGAUUAUCAGUCAUUUGCUGUCACAACAGCGUCUUCUCUUAUAUUCGUCGUCAAUUUUCAGAUUGGUUUGGAUACAUCUUACUGGACUUUCAUUAACGCUUUCUCGGUGUUUGGGAGUAUUGCCCUUUACUUUGGUAUCACGUUUGACUUUCACAGCGCUGGAAUCCAUAUUCUCUUUCCUUCUGCCUUCCAAUUCACAGGAACUGCGCCCAACGCUCUGAGGCAGCCCUACCUUUGGCUGACCAUGAUUUUAUCAGUUGCUGUUUGCUUACUGCCCGCUGUUGCGCUGCGUUUCUUAUCGAUAACAGUCUGGCCUUCAGAAAGCGAUAGAGUAAGUGAAGUCCUGCGGCGCAGCAAGAAAGCUGAACACAGAUUUGUUCUAUUAAAUCUCAGUGUUUGCUCAAAGCUGUCGUCAGCCAGAGAGGCCCCGGGCGGCCACGAGCUGAACUGCGACUACUGGGAGCUCAUCGGGCUGGCGCCGGCCGGCGGCGCCGACAACCUGCUCAACGAGGACUCCGACGUGGACGUGCAGCUCAACAACAGGCACAUGAUGAUCCGGGGCGAGAACAUGUCCAAAAUCUUCAAGGUGCGCUCCAUGGCAGUGCAGGCCUUCAGGGAUCACUUCUUUGCCAAUGGAUACUUCGAAGUGACACCUCCAACGUUAGUCCAAACGCAGGUUGAAGGAGGCUCCACCCUGUUCAAGCUGGAUUAUUUUGGGGAAGAGGCCUACCUGACACAGUCAUCCCAGCUCUACCUGGAGACCUGCAUGCCGGCACUAGGAGAUGUUUUUUGUAUUGCUCAGUCGUACCGAGCUGAGCAGUCCAGGACACGCAGGCACUUGGCAGAGUACACUCACAUUGAAGCAGAAUGCCCUUUUAUAAGUUACGAGGACUUGCUGGACCGUGUGGAGAAGCUGGUGUGUGAUGUGGUGGACAGAAUCCUGCGGUCGCCUGCCGCAGAUCUCCUGCACGACCUGAACCCGGGCUUCGAGCCGCCCAAGCGGCCGUUCCGCCGGAUGAACUACAGCGACGCCAUCGCGUGGCUGCGGGAGCACGACGUGAGGAAGGACGACGGCACCCACUACGAGUUCGGAGAGGAUAUUCCUGAAGCUCCCGAGAGGUUAAUGACAGACACCAUCAACGAGCCCAUCCUGCUGUGUCGGUUUCCUGCAGAGAUCAAGUCCUUCUACAUGCAGCGCUGCCCUGAGGAUUCCCGGCUCACCGAGUCGGUGGAUGUGCUGAUGCCCAACGUGGGUGAGAUCGUGGGAGGCUCCAUGCGCAUCUGGGACAGCGAGGAGCUGGCGGAGGGCUACAAGAGAGAGGGCAUCGACCCCAGCCCCUACUACUGGUACACUGACCAGAGGAAAUACGGGACCUGCCCGCACGGCGGCUACGGCCUGGGCUUGGAGCGCUUCCUCACGUGGAUCCUGAACCGGCACCACAUCCGCGACGUGUGCCUGUACCCCCGCUUCGUGCAGCGCUGCCGCCCCUAG